AUGACUCGCAUGCCUGCUACUUCAUCAUCUUCCCAGCCUGCUAUAUCUUCUUUGUCACCACCUGCAUGUUCUUGGCCAUCUCUUCCGCAUUACACCCCAAUCACUACUCCAUAUUCUCAUAAUCCACGCUUCAGUGCCACUCAAGUUUCACCCAGUUUUGGUGUACCUCAUGCAGGCAUUCCGAUGUCUACUACAGCUGGUCACAGUCAUGUUCAUUCUAAUAGGAAAACUGCCAUGCCAUGCCAUAUCACCAGAUCAGUGAAGCAGGUCUCCAAGAAACAGGUCAACAUUGUCAUUUUCCCUAAUGAGAUUCAUGCUGCACCUGCCACUCCUGACAGUGUUGAUGACAUCUUUGAGGAUACUUACCUUUGUUUUCCCCGCUGCAUUCAUGUUGGGGAGCGACUUGCCUCUGAUCUAAAUGGCCUGCAAGAUUUUGGCCUUGUCCACUGCAUAACUCUUACUGCAUCCUCACGCAAUGAAAUCAUAAUGAACCAAGUGUAUUUUCCACCAGAGCCUGAAUGCUCUUUUGAUCUUGAUGCAUCUGCACCCAACCGCGAGUUUCGGAUCCAGUUUCAACAUCUUCCAUUUCGCCUUCUCAAGAUCAGUUACCAGAUGCCUAAAGGGCACUAUCUGUCCUUCAAUGCUACUGAAACAUGGCAAGACUACGCCUUUCAUGCACUAUCCAAAUGUGUCAAUCAAAUCCAGCAUCCCACUGAUCCCAAUGUCGGACUGCUUAUUAUUUGUCCUAAGUAUGGGCCUCUCAUUGGACCUAUCCAGCAGCACAGCACCCAACAUCACAUGUGUUUUGCUGAUCGAGCAUUCAAAAUCCUCAUUGAUGCAGAUGAGGAGGAGUUAGAGUAUCAAGGCUUGGAACCUGGCGACACUGUUUCUGUUGAGUGUAAGGCAUUCUGCCCAUUGAUGGCUGGCACAAGCCGACGUUCUCAAUGGGCUCCUGCUUCAGUCCCGAGUCCAAUUGAUAGUGAUGGAGAUUUUUAUGCACCUCCAACAAUUCUCAGUACUCCUGACAAUCAGCCCUAUGCGCUUCCCAAUCUAUCCUCUCCAGCUACCUCGCUUUUGUCUAUCUCAAGUCCUUCACUUAAUUCUCUGCCGGCCCUUGCAAACCCUCAAACCUCUUUCCCUACUGUCAUCGACCUGACCAUGUCAUCUCCCAAUAAUUCCUCACGCCUCCCACACUCACCCCUGCACUCGCCCAUCAUUCGCCGUGAUUCCCCACACCUUCCGCUCCCACCCCUGCAAUUGCCUAUCGUUUGCCAUCAAUCUGUCUACACAUCACCUACUCCACCUCCUUAUGAGACCUUACUCGAGGUUGAUGAUGCCAUAAUGAGGGCCUUUGGCAGUGAAGUUGAGCAUGGCAUGGUCCAUGUCCGUGGUCCAACUGUCAAAGCCUGUGCAGAGGGCUUGAUAGAUUUUUAUGUCAGUAGCGAUGCAAUUCCGACACUCCAUAUGCACAUUCCUACCAUGUCAAUGAGCGAUUUUCUAUCCGGCCCCAUACUCAGAAGCUGUCUGACAAGAUCUAUUUGA